GGAGACUUGGCCCCGCACUCCUCCGGCAUGAAGCUCGCUCAUCUCAGUCUCUUUCUCUUGGCUCUCCACUUGAGUUCUUCCAGGUCCCCGUCAGCAUCAGAUCUGCCUCAGGAGGAGCUGGUCGAUCAGAAAUGCUUACUGCAGAAAUACACGCAUCGCUCCUGUAACAAGGUCUUCUGCCAGCCGUGGCAGAGAUGUAUCGAAGGCACCUGUAUCUGCAAACUCCCCUACCAGUGCCCAAGGGCUGGCACCCCAGUGUGUGCCAUGAAUGGAAGGAGCUACCCGACAUACUGUCACCAGAAGAGUUUCGAAUGUCUUCACCCAGAGAUCAAGUUUUCACAUAAUGGAACGUGCGCAGCUGAAGGAAAGUUUAAUGUUUCCUUAAUUUAUGGGAGAACAAAAACAGAGGGACUUGUUCAAGUCAAACUUGUGGACCAAGAUGAGAGAAUGUUCAUAUGUAAAAACAGCUGGAGCAUGGCGGAGGCCAACGUGGCCUGCGUCGACCUUGGAUUUCCACUGGGUGUUCGUGACAUACAAGGAAGUUUUAAUAUAUCUGGAAAUCUCCAUAUAAACGACACUGAAUGCCUGCAUGUACAUUGCCGGGGAGUAGAGACCAGUUUGGCGGAGUGUGCCUUUACGAAGAGGAGAACUGAGUUGUCCAAUGGCUUGGCGGGGGUAGUGUGUUACAAGCAGGAUGCAGAUUUCCCAACGAGUCUGUCCUUCCAGUGUGUGAAUGGGAAGCACAUUCCUCAGGAGAAAGCCUGCAACGGUGUCAAUGACUGUGGAGACCAAAGCGAUGAGCUGUGUUGCAAAGGUUGCCGAGGUAACGCUUCCCUUUGUAAGUCGGGAGUUUGCAUUCCAGACCAAUACAAGUGUAAUGGUGAGGUGGACUGCAUCACUGGUGAAGAUGAGAGCCGUUGUGAAGAGAGGAAGAAAGGAAAAGGUUACAAGAAGGAGAAUGAAGACCGACAGCAGAACAUUCCAAAAGGCCUUGCACGGUCAGCUCAAGGAGAAGCUGAAAUUGAAACUGAAGAAACAGAAAUGUUGACUCCUGGUAUGGACAAUGAAAGAAAACGGAUAAAGUCCUUAUUACCUAAACUCUCCUGUGGAGUCAAAAGAAACACUCACACUCGCAGGAAACGAGUGAUCGGAGGGAAGCCAGCGAAUGUGGGAGACUACCCAUGGCAGGUGGCAAUUAAGGAUGGCCAAAGAAUCACCUGUGGUGGCAUUUAUAUCGGUGGCUGUUGGAUUCUGACUGCUGCGCACUGUGUCAGACCCAGUAGAGCUCACAGUUACCAAGUCUGGACGGCUUUAUUAGACUGGCUAAAACCUAACUCUCAGUUGGGAAUUCAAACGGUGAAGAGAGUUAUUGUUCACGAGAAAUAUAAUGGAGCCACCUUCCAAAAUGACAUAGCUUUGAUUGAAAUGAAAAUGCACACGGGCAAGAAAGAAUGUGAACUCCCCAAUUCCGUCCCUGCCUGCGUCCCGUGGUCUCCAUAUCUGUUCCAACCGAAUGACAGAUGUAUCAUCUCUGGAUGGGGUCGAGGGAAAGAUAACCAAAAAGUCUACUCACUCAGGUGGGGCGAAGUUGAUCUAAUAGGCAACUGCUCUCAGUUUUACCCAGAUCGCUACUAUGAGAAAGAGAUGCAGUGCGCAGGUACGCGUGAUGGGUCCAUUGAUGCCUGCAAAGGAGACUCCGGAGGCCCCUUGGUCUGUGAGGAUAUCAACAAUGUCACUUACGUUUGGGGCAUUGUGAGCUGGGGAGAAAAUUGUGGGAAGCCCGAGUUCCCAGGUGUUUACACCAGAGUGGCCAAUUAUUUUGAUUGGAUUAGCUAUCACGUAGGAAGGUCUCUUGUUUCUCAACACAAUGUCUGAAGCUAUGACCUCCUUCUUUCUACAUUUAUUCUUUUAGGAGUUACAUUUUAAUUGAAAUGAAACUGUAUAGUUAGUUCUCCUCAGAGCUGGCAAGAAGCAACUCCUACUGGCUAGUCCUAAAGUUUCUUCCAAGUUUAUGCUGUUUUAGAAUUCUGCCAUAUAAUCUACAAUAAAUAUUCCGGCUAAGCAUA